AUGGCGCCAGAAUCCUAUCAAGCAUCUGUCUCGGACGGCCAGAAGCACGGCAAAUCAAGCUCAUCUCAAGGUACUCAAGAGGGAGCUCCCUCCGCGAUGCGCGCCAAAGCCGGGUCCGCCGUUUCGAACUCAUUCUUCCCGCUGGGAUAUCGGGAAGGCUUCAGUCAAUGGUGGGCAAGUUUACCUGCCGCGGCCGCUGAACAUAAGGUCCUGUCAUACCUCCCUUAUUUACAUCAUGAACCACCGACCCACUUACAGACCGGCAAUACAGCCGGGUUCCCAGAUGGAGCUACACCACAUAGUUUGCAAUCUGCAGAUCAUAGUCAAGAUAGUACGAUAUCAGCAAACUCAGAGAAUGACCCCUACGGACCUCGCCGCUGGAGCUCCCGUAUGGUAGAGCUGAGUGGCAAGGAUCGAGCAAUUAAUGAGUUCUCGGUGGAACGAGUUGGUGAGAAGGUAGACCAACAUCUGGUCAUGUUGCACGGUUAUGGAGCUGGGUUGGGCUUUUUCUAUAAGAACUUCGAGCCUUUGAGCCGGCUGAGAGGCUGGCAGUUGCACGCUCUCGACAUGCUGGGCAUGGGCCGCAGCACCAGGCCGCCAUUCAAGAUCAAGGCCAAAGAUCGGGAGGAAGCGAUUCGCGAAGCCGAGGCUUGGUUCGUGGAUGCCCUCGAGGAGUGGCGCCAGAAGCGAAAGAUUAAUCGAUUUACAUUGCUCGGACAUAGCAUGGGAGGCUAUAUGGCUGUUGCAUACGCUCUGAAAUACCCCGGUCACCUUAACAAGCUCAUUCUUGCAUCUCCCGUGGGCAUUCCAGAAGAUCCAUAUGCUGUGACUGCCGAUGUGACUGAGCCUUCAGAGUCCACUCUCCCGAAUGAGCUCACCCAAGACCAAAGAGAGAUCACGGAGGGCGCACCGAGGACCGCUAACGGUGGUAUCAUCACAGGACGCAAUGCCGAUGCAACGGUCGCUACGGCCCCGCCACCGCGCCGGACUCUCCCCAAAUGGUUUUCGUACCUAUGGGAUGCCAACAUCUCCCCCUUCAGCCUGGUCCGAUGGACAGGUCCUUUCGGACCACGGCUUGUAUCUAGCUGGACCUCACGUCGGUUCUCACAUCUCCCAGCGGAAGAAGCCAAGGCACUCCACGACUAUUCCUACUCUAUCUUCAUCAUGCGCGGUAGUGGCGAAUAUGCUCUUGCCUACGUCCUCGCCCCGGGCGCAUUUGCUCGCAGUCCUCUGAUCCGGCGCAUCCACGGCGUGGGUCGCCAGCUGAUUAACGGAGAUGCUCUGCCCACGCCUACUGCUACCGCUACCGCCGCAGCGAACUCAUCAUGCUCAUUGUUCUCCAAGGGCUCAAAGGCUGCGGAGGAGGCUUCUCCCGCUCCUGCUCCCGCUUCUGAGGAAUCUGUGGAAGUCCCAGCGCCAGCGCCUCGUCGCGAGAAUGGCCUUCCUGUUGUAUUCAUGUACGGUGAUCGGGACUGGAUGGAUGUCUCUGGUGGCCAUGCUGCUGUGGCGGCUCUAGAAGAAGAAAAGCGCCGUGUUCUUGCUGACGCAACGCCUGAAGAACGCAAAAAAGACCAGGGCUCUGCUAAGGUCAUCGUCAUUAAGCGCGCUGGCCACCAUCUAUACCUUGAUGGUUGGGAAGACUUCAAUCGCGUCGUGUUAGCAGAGAUGGAAGAUGUCAGUAGACGGGAACGCGAACAGGCUAGCCAAUGA